AUGUCAUGGCUGCAAUCUAACGUGAAACGCCCUCUGCAUCAUAUCUUGGAGGUGGUCCUGGGUGUGUCCAUGCUUUGUUUGAACUAUAAAAACCACGUUUGUUCGGGCUACAGAGCACUGAGCGAAACUCAAACCACAACCAAGAUGACUAGUCUCACUGCUAAGGAUAAAGCCAAUGUCUUGGCCUUCUGGAGUAAAGUGUCUGCAAAGGCUGACGACAUCGGUAUGGAUGCUAUUUCCAGGUUGUUGACCGUCUACCCCCAGACCAAGACUUACUUUGCCCACUGGAAGGACUUGAGCCCCGGCUCUGAAAACGUGAGGAAGCAUGGAAGAACUAUCAUGGCUGGAGUUGGUGAUGCUGUGACCAAGAUCGAUGACCUGAAAGGAGGUCUUCUCUCCCUCAGUGAGCUGCAUGCCUUCACUCUGCGAGUGGACCCUGCCAACUUCAAGAUUGCCUCCCACUGCAUCCUUGUGGUCAUGGCCAUCAUGUUCCCCAAAGACUUCACCCCUGAGGUCCAUGUGGCUAUGGACAAGUUCCUGGCUGCCUUGGCUCUGGCUCUAGCUGAGAAAUACAGAUAAACAGCUGU